GUUGUGGUACCCUUGGUCUUCGUCUAUGAAUAUGUGUGUUUCGGGCAAGUCGCGAGACAGUCAACUCGGCUUCGUCAGUCUUACUCUACACCUCGUGUCAAGCAGUCGCUACCACAUAUUGGCGUCGAGAGGGAUCAUUUUUCUCGGAUUAGAAGGAUCAUCAGUGAAUCGGAGAAAAACAUCAAAUAAUCGGAAAGAAUAUCAUCAAAUUUGUGGAAAUGGAGCAAGCAAGCGGUAAUCAGGACGGAACCCAAAACCAAAAUGAUGCACAGAACCAGGUUCUGCUGUUACAAACAGCAACGGCGUUCAACCCGGCAGCGUACAAUCUGCCGCAGUUCCGGUACAAACAUCUUCCUUCAUCAGAAGUGCGCAACGCCUGGAAUGGAUGGAUUCGUGGUUUCGAACGUGUUAUGAAGGCUUCGAGUAUUACGGAUGGAUCGAUGAAGAAAAUUCAAAUGCUUGCAAUGGGCGGUUUAGAAUUGCAAAACGUUUUCGACGGUAUCCCAGGAGCCGACGAAGAGUCCGAAGAAUCGGCUGAUCCUUUUGCUGUUGCCAGAACGAAGCUGGACAAUCAUUUUUCCCCAAAACAACACGAGAGCUUUGAGAGGUACCUACUUGUUUUGGAUGAUGUCACCAGAAACGGAAGAACCGAUUGA